AUGACCGUCCCUACGAACGCACCGGAGACGCGUGCGGCGACAGUGUUCUGCGGCUCGUCCAAGGGCGCACACGCCGCCUUCGCGCACGCCGCCUCAUCAUUAGGCAAAGCCCUGGCGCAGGCGAAGCGACCUCUCGUUUACGGCGGCGGCUCCGCGGGCACCAUGGGCGUCGUCUCGCUCGCGGCCCUCGAGGCCGGCGGAGAGGUCACUGGGGUCAUCCCGUUCGCCAUGGCUUCGGCCGGCGGGGAGCGGGAUCAGGUGAAGGGAACCGAGGCCGCGCAUCUCUCGUUCAGAGGCGGACCGGGACGGGAAAAGGUCGUCACGAACUCGAUGCACGAGCGCAAGGCGGAGAUGGCGAGGCGGUCGUGCGCGUUCUUCGGGCUCCCUGGCGGCUUGGGCACAUUCGAAGAGGUACUCGAAGUCGCCUGCUGGUCGCAACUCGGCAUCCAUCGUAAACCCGUCAUCCUCCUCAACGUACGUAACUUCUGGGACCCGCUGAAGCUACUCGUGCGCAACGGCAUCGAGAACGGCUUCAUCCUCCCCGCGAACGAGCGACUCAUCCGCUACGUCGAGGGCCCGGAAGACGUCGCGGAGCACGACACGUUCGACUGGGGCGCCGCUGCGGUCGCGGCACUAGACCAGUGGGACACCGUCCAGGCGACCCACUUCUACAACUGGCACCUCCGCAAAGAGGGCGAGACGGACGCAGAGCCCCUCGGGGCGGCGUAG